AUGUUGAAUUCAAGGAAGCAAAAGACCUCUCUACAGAAUGCUGAUGUUAAAAAAGGGAAAUCUGUUGCAAAAAUCCAUCAUGAUGCUGUUUCACAGGCCCAGGUGGGUGGAUUCAAAAGACAUGUUGACAACACAAAUGAAACGAACCAAAAGAGGAGAGCAGCCUUUGGAGAUAUUACAAAUGCCUUGAAUGAAAAAUCACAGCAACAGAAGAAAGAUUUGAAGAAAUCUAAACUUCCACUGAAAGCUGUGGUGGAAACAAGCAAACCACCUCAGCCAACAAAAACAACAAAAGAAUCGAAGCAAAAGAUACGACAGGAGAAAAAGAGACCAAGACAAUCUAAAGAUGUCUUGGAACUUGAUGAGAAUGUUAUCCAGCUGUCACAGGAGAGCCAAUCACUCACCAGUUCACAAGAAUCAACAUCCUCAAUCACCAGUUCACAAGAGUCUACAAGCUCCUCAAGUUCAUUAUCCUCAAGUCUUUCAUCGUCCAAAGUCAGCCUUGACGAUAUUGUAGAAGACUUGAAUGAAACAUACACCAAAGAGGAAACCCUUGUUGCCCCACCAGAGGGAGUGGAUGAUGUGGAUAAGGAGAACAUGACCGACAUUGCUCAGGUUGCUCUCUAUGCUUCCUUCAUCUUUGAAUACUACAAGGAGAGGGAGUUGAAAUUCAUGGUGCCUGCAUACAUGGAGAAACAGACAUCCCUGACCACCAACAUGCGGGCCAUACUUGUUGACUGGUUAGUGGAGGUCCAAGAGAACUUUGAGCUAAACCACGAAACCCUCUACCUAGCUGUCAAGCUGGUGGAUUUAUACCUCACAGUCAAAAAUGUGUCGAAAGAACGUCUACAAUUGGUUGGGGCUGCAGCCCUCUUUAUAUCAUGUAAAUUUGAUGAGAGAUGCCCUCCCAUGGUAGCUGACUUCCUGUACAUCUGUGAUGAUGCCUACACCAAGAAUGACUUCCUUGCCAUGGAACGUUCUGUCCUGAAGACGAUUGGCUUUGACAUUGGCAUGCCACUAUCCUACAGAUUCCUCCGUAGAUAUGCCAAGUGUGCCCGUGCAUCCAUGGAGACAUUGACCUUGGCUCGGUACAUUUUAGAGCUUUCUCUAAUGGAGUAUGACUUUCUUAAGUACCGUGAAUCCGAGAUGGCCUCUGCCUGUCUUUGUCUGGCCUUCAGGAUGAAGAAGUGUGGUGAAUGGAACAAAACCUUGGAGUAUUACACAGGUUACCAGGAUGAUCAACUCCUGCCCCUGAUGCAGCAACUGAACACCAUGUUGGAAUCUCCCUCGCGACAACUCACAACCAUCAAGUCCAAAUACUCUCACAGAGUGUUUUAUGAAGUUGCAAAGCUGCCAUCCCUGAAAAGUGAUGAGCUGAAGAGUUGAGUGAAGACAGGUUGUGAUACAGGACUUGUGAUGUUUUUUGUGACUUUUAUGGAGGAUGAUUGUAUGGAGAAGAGAAAGAGAGUUGUGUAGAUGACAUUAUGGUGGUAUGUUUAUGACUGAGUGGGAGUGCAAAAGUUUCUUAGUAUUUAAAAUCAUGGUAUCUAUAUGUUUAAGUUGAAUUAAACAAAAAAUCAACAGUCAGAAAGGACUACCAGGAAUAUGUGUUGAAAAAUGUAUUCAUUGAAGUCAUGUCUAUGCAUUCUGUUAUGGACUUUUUUGUUGUGAUAUCCAUUCACUGCUACCUUGGUCUCCAAAAUUUGGUGUGGAGGUUACAGGCAGAAUUUCACAUACUUAGCAUGAUUACAGAUUUAUCUAAGUGUAAUAAAUCAUUGAAUUAUGGACUUGUAAAUUUUGUCAAUCAUGCUGUGUGAAAUUUGUUGUACAGUAUUGAUUUCAGUAGCUCUAUCUUUAUCUAGAUUUUCUGUAUUCCUUGGUGAGAUUUUGUGAAUUAUUACAGAUCAUAGUGCCACUUCAAUAAAUUACAAUUACUUAAAUUUGAUUUGAUUUGUUUCUUUUGAAUUGUAUGGCUGUUUGAUUACGUUAGCUGUAUUUCGUGGUUAGCAUUGUGCACUAGCAGCGAUGAUGAAUUCUUCACUAUAUACAUUAAGUUAUAGAGAUAAGUGAAAUCAUGAU